CUUAUUCAUUGUUUAGUAAGAGGUCAUUUGCUUAUUAAUUUUUUAUUAGUAAUUUACAAGCUUUAUAGGUCUAGGAAUUGUAACAUUGGUGCAUGUGAUACACUGACCGUUUUCAUGUAAUCCCUUUCCUUCGAUGUGCUAUCAUUCUAUAGAAUAGGCAGAGGCUGGUUUAAUUCUAGUCCACUAACUGAGAUGACAUUAGAGAUAUUAAAGAUCACUGGACUUCUUAUGAUUUGCUUUCUGGCUGGCUUCAGCACUGAGCCCAAUAUUCAGUGAGUGUGGAGAGACCAUGUCCAAUGGAAACAGUCACUUUCACCUGCACUGCUCCUGUUUUAAUUAUUUAUUACACAGCCUCUCCGGAUCCAAUGAACUGCACAGCUUCACUACUCCCACCAUGGAAUGGCACCAUCAGUGGUCAUUCAGUACCAGCUAUUCCCGGUACACAAGUGACCUUCCAGUGUGACAACGGACUGUUCCCUGAGGGUACAAUGAAUGUCAUCUGUCUAGCUACAGGAGAGUGGGACAAAAAUCCUUGGGAGAUCGUCUGCAAAAUUGAACCUAUUUCGUGUAUCCUGCCUGCCCCUCGACUCAAUGGAGCAUUACUCAACACCACGUCUCAGAAUACUAGCCAAUGCGAGGGUUCAGUUAUUACCUUCCAAUGUGAUCCUGGGUUCUCACUGGUUGGUGCAGCGACUGCCACUUGUAACAACUCUGGUCUCUGGGAUCCUGACCCGGCUCUAUUGGAGUGUUCUCCGACUGCUACCACCACCCUAUCAACUGGUGUAACUGUUGCCAUCGGUGUUACUACUACUUUCGUGUUGUCUACUCUAUUUCUCGCUGCACUCCUAGUGAUGUACUCGUUCACGCGUAAGAAGGCAGUGUACUACACAAGAGAAACAGCAUUAUCUGUAGUAAAACCCACUGAACCAGUUGAACCAGUUUAUGAGGAGGUGUUACCCAAAGAGGAGAUGGAACUCCACACUAACCAAGCGUACGGACCAUUAGGACUGUGAAACUUCGUGCUACUAACAUUUCAUAAUAACUAGGAGCAUGCAGAGCAUGUUUGGGGCGAGCGAGCAAUUUUAUAUUUGUUGUACAGUCAUUUGGUACAAUGUGGUAAUUUUGUUUAUUUUGAAAUGAACAGUGAUUGUGAAUAACCGAGUAGUCUCUGUAGAUCCGACUUCCCUGUAUACCCAUGACAAUUAUUCUGAGUGGUCUUUGACUGUG